GGAUUCCAGACCAGGGCUGUACGAUUCCAAACUCAACGACUUUAGUCUCCAGGCUACCAGGCUGCCAGAGACACGGCUGAAAUCCAGUAUUAGUUCUUACAGGGUCCCAUCCUUGACUAAGGGACUGAGGGGUGGGGUGGAGAAGGGAUUGGGUUGGGGGUAGAAGGCUACCGCAGGCGCCAUGGAUCUCCCACAAUAACCCCGGCCCGAGGGCCAGGAAUGUACUGAGAGAUUAAGGACGGGAUGCAUGCCCUCCAAAAAGUGGCAUUUUAGAAUUUAUACAGCACCCCAGCACACUGCUAAACGUGGGCACACAACCAUCACGGCCCGAUCACGCGCAGCGGGAACCCGGUCUCUGAGCUCCAUCCCGUGUGUCGCGUCAUCAGAGUCCCGCCGGCCAAUCCAUUCUCUCGGUCUUCGUCUGCUCCGGUAUUGCAACUGCCUCCAUUGAUCGAGCCUGGGCCAGCAUGGCGGCGCCCAUGUAACCCGGCCCGCGCCGCAAAGGGAACGACGGCGGCAGCGCGGGCCCCGCGGGGGUUAGAAGUCAUCAUGCUCAGGGUCGCGUGGAGGGCGCUGAGUUUGAUUCGGACCCAGGCGCCAGUCCUCGGGCUGCCGGGCGGUGGAAGCGCCAGGUUUCCUUUCAACCAGCGGGGCCUGCAGCCUCGAAGUCUCCUCCUCCAGGCCGCGCGCGGAUAUGUCAUCCAGAACCCAGCCCAGCCUGGGCAGAAUGAUGACCCACCUCCUUCUACACUGCUCAAAGACUACCAGAAUGUCCCUGGAAUUGAGAAGGUUGAUGAUGUCGUGAAAAGACUCUUGUCUUUGGAAAUGGCCAACAAGAAGGAGAUGCUAAAAAUGAAGCGAGAACAGUUGAUGAAGAAGAUUGAUGCAAACCCGGAGGACACCAGAUCCCUGGAGGCUCGAAUUGUUGCCUUGUCCGUCAAGAUCCGCAGUUAUGAAGAACACAUGCAGAAACAUCGAAAGGACAAAGCCCACAAACGCUAUCUGCUGAUGAGCAUUGACCAGAGGAAAAAGAUGCUCAAAAACCUCCGUAACACCAACUAUGAUGUCUUUGAGAAGAUCUGCAGGGAGCUGGGGAUUGAGUACACCUUCCCUCCUCUGUAUUACCGAAGAGCCCACCGCCGAUUCGUGACCAAGAAGGCUCUGUGCAUUCGGGUUUUCCAGGAGACUCAAAAGCUGAAGAAGGAAAAAAGAGCCUUAAAGGCUGCAGCAGCAGCCCAAAAACAAGCAAAGCAGAGGAGCCCAGACAGCCCUGCCAACACUGGACCAGAGACACUCAAAGACAGCCAAUAAAUUCUGUUUAAUCAUU